CAAAUGGUGCCUGAGACUCUCGCUCGCUCUGAGGAACAUUCUACUACCCCGCGGGCAUUGUGGCGCUGCAUUCUUCACGUCCUCCACAUCCUCCUCGACGAACGAAUCACCCCAUCUAUACGUUUGGAGCAUCAAUAACGUCAGUGUACACCACAUUCAGUUACUGCGGAUUUCAUAUAUCGGAUGGACCUGGAGCUUUCAAAUAAUUCUCAUCAUGGCCUGGCGCUUUAUCUCUUCUUCUCGUUAUGGGCGUGGAACGGAAUUGCUCUCUAUCUCUUUAUCAUGGGCCUAGAACGCAUAUGGAACCUGGAAUUUGGAUUUGGAUCUAUCGCGCUUUUAUCUUAUGUAGGACCGUGCCUGUUUACCUCUCACUGUGGGCGCCCGCAUGCACAUGCAUAUUACCUGGGUAUUUUCCCAAGAUACGUACUGCGAGCAUUUUAUCUGUCUUGGCAUCACAUAUCUCUGACAUCACCACGCGCUCCCACUCUCUAUCCAUUCCCCUGGCCUAUCCAUCUGCCAGACCGAUAGCUAUAGAGUACCGCUGUCACAUACCUUGUUUGAUUACUGUUCUCUUGUUUUAUAUUUGGACUUUUUUUGUUUUGUUUUAUACUUGGAAGGAAGGUUGCAUAUUGUACAUAUACAUAUACUGGAUGGUUUUUUUUUUCGUUGCACAUACAUGGAUUGGAAUUGGAAUUUGUACACCAUUGGAUUUGGGUUGGAAUCUGGACAGGUUGAGCGUCGAUGCUGGUGAAUGUUCGCGCAAAGCAAGUAGUCAACAGGCCCGCCAGCGGCCAGUACCAGUGACAUCGUGACCCUCUUGAACAACCAGAGGAGGUUCAAAGACGUGCCGAAGGUCAUCCGUACAUGCUGACG